GCUCGGCCCAACCAUCACCUCCACUUCCGCUGAAAAGCCCCUGGAACGUGUCUGCACACAGCAGCCAUGAACCCAAUCCCGCUGGUUAUCUCCAGCUGUACUCCCCGGUUAAUAAAUUCGACUUCCCCUCACCGCGUCGCACUCGCCCGAGGUCCCCGGCUUCCAGCUUCUGGAAAGUAUACCCCCCGGCCUCUCACAUGCUCCAAUGACUACACACCGCAAACCACAUGGAGAGCAAGCUCCAAUGUCCCAAGAUCCCAGCAGGCUGCUGCUACCCAAACUAUGUCGUCUGCAACAUCUAAACAGAAACCCAGCCCUGCGGUUCCGCGGCCCAGUUCUAGCGUCAUCCUGGUAUCGCCCAGAAACGAGAUCCUCCUGCUUCAUCGUGUCAAAACCUCGACCUCAUUUGCCUCUGCCCAUGUAUUCCCUGGAGGCAACCUCUCCGCUCAAGAUGGCCAAUGCCCACCCGCCGAGGAUUUAAAGCGCCACGACGACGGUCCGUGGUACCGCAACGCAGCGAUUCGAGAGCUCUUCGAGGAGAGUGGCAUUCUCCUCGCAAAGGAUAAUGUCUCCGGCAAGAUGCUCUCCGUCCCGGAAGAACAACGCGAAUCGGGUCGACGCGCGAUCCAUCAGAACCAGACCACUUUUUUAGAUUGGUUGAGGCAGCAGAGUCUCAAUGCGGUGCCGGAUACAGAUGGACUGACCCCAUUUACUCGAUGGAUCACCCCAACUAUCAACACCCGACGCUAUACGACGCAGAUGUACCUAUACUUCCUUCCACUUCCUGCGGAGGCUGAGAACCCGGUCCUCGACGAAAUCCCAUCCGAGGGACAGCGUGAGGAAAUCCAAGUUCCGACGAGCGACGGAGGGGUUGAGGUCACAGAGGCUCGAUUCUUGCCUGCUUCGGAGUGGCUACAGAUGGCGCAAAAGGGCGACAUUAUACUGUUUCCACCGCAGUUCCUUCUGCUGCAUCUGGUGGCUGGCUUCUUGGACAAAGAGCCCCGCGUCGCAGCUUCGCUGCAGGAAUUGCGCAGACGGCGGGCGGAGCUUACUGAGUUUGUGAACACUGGUCAGCCGCCUUGGUCGGAGAAGUGUAUCUCCCCGAAGAUGCUGAGGAUGGCCUCUGACGGACGGACGGUGCUGGCGUUGGAUCAGCCGGGUCCCGAACUCAGGGGGACGGAUAAGCAAGGGGAGACGGAACUGGUCGUGCUUGUGAAAUUUAAGCCAGGGGAGGCGCGUGAUUUGGAGGUGCGGUGGAAGAAGGAUGCUUUCGAAGCUGAAGCGAAGAGUAACUUAUGAAGGCAAGGAUGGGAAGUGAAUGGCGUCAAGAUGGGAUUCUCACUAUGAGCGAAGCAAUUAAUCUGUAAACAAGCCCGACACAUGAUUCGAC